AUGAAGUUCACCGCCGCCCUUUUCGCCGCUGCUACCGCUGCCCCAGCCCAGCUCAUCAUCGGAGGCAAGAACGCCGUCGACGGUCAGUUCCCAUGGCAAGUGACCCUCAAGCGAGCGACCGGCUCCCACUUCUGCGGCGGUUCCAUUCUCAAGAAUGACGUCGUCAUGUGCGCCGCUCACUGCAAGCAGUCUUCCAACACCUUCACCGCCGGUGCCGGUUCCGCCUCGCUCAACGGCCAGCGACAGGUGCUCAACAUCCGACAGCAGAUUCCCCACCCAAGCUACGACUCCCAGCGAAUCGAUUGGGAUUACAUGGUUAUCAAGACCGCCACUAACUUCAGCUUCGAUGACUACGUCAAGCCAAUUGCUCUCGUCGCUCCCUUGACUGCUGAGCUCCCCAACAAGACUCCUUGCCGAACCUCUGGCUACGGCUACUCCCAGUACAUCAACGGCAACCCAGGUAUCAUCGCCUCCACUCUCCAGUGGACCGAUACCGAGUGCAUCACCAACGCCGUCUGCCGACAGACCUGGCUCUUCCAGACCCUCACCAGCCGACAGCAGUGCGCUGACUACGCUGGCGUCACCUCCUGCAUGGGUGACUCCGGUGGACCACUCACCUACGUCCAGGACGGCCAGGAAGUCCUCCUCGGAAACGUCUCCUGGGGACACUCCAAGUGCUCCACCAACGGCUACCCAGCCGCUUACUCCCGAAACGCCGACCCCACCGCCAACCAGUGGAUCCGAACCAACGCCGGCCUUUAA